AUACCACAAAAAGUAUAAUCCCUGGUGUUUUAGUGUUUCAUGUCGUAUUAAAUACUGCUGCCUACAGCAGUACUGCGGUAGCUUUAAAGGCUGCUUGUUGAUCUUGGAGAGAAAACAACAUGAAUCAUCUUGAUUCUAUAUAUUUUCAGGGCUGGAAUUUCGCGAGAACGUCAGUUUGUGAAAUUUCUCCUCAUAGGUUGAGCCGCGCGUUGAUUUGAGGGACGAAAAGGUUGGUUUGGUUCCAGCGCUCGUCUAGCUGCUGCUUGUGUAGCGCACAGCACACACUGAGCUCGUUGGUUUUGGAGAUGCCAAAGCGCCUCCUCACUGCUAUGCACUCACAUACAAAGCAGAAGGAUCCGGUCGGGCAAGCGGGAACUAUUGACUGAUCCUCAGGUCUCUGGAAAAAUAAGGGAAUCACUCCUCCUCGGUAGGUGUUCUUGUGGGAGCUGACACAAGGGAUGUUUUGGUGAUGGGUGUUGGAGAAGAGCCCCGGAAAAAUUCCCCUCCAGUGGAAAUCAAGAGGUAUAGAUUUAUUACCGCCGAAAUUAAGUAUCGAUGCCACUCUAAGCAAAACCGGAAUUAAGCAAUCGUAGAAUCAAAGGAGUAACUAAUUAUAAGGACAAGCGGCUGGACAUUUAACCUAUCUUUGCGCGACAGAGGAAUUUUUGCAUCUGUCACCUUUGGAUUGUACGUGGUUUGUCCCGCUAAGGACAGCUCUGGGAGUACGUUAUUUGGAUUUCGGAGAGUAGGCAAUCAGCCACAUCUAGGAGGGAAAAAAACAAACAAAAACAAAUGCGACUCUUCUAUCUUUUGUUCAUAAUGGAAAUGCACGUUUUAUAAGCUUACGAAGUCAAAUGAUCAUCUUCAUCUGUUCCUUAAUCUACCAAUUGUAUUUAUGAGAUGGAAAAACGGGGACUCCACGGCGUCCUGUAUUACCUGAUGCUAAAUGCGCCCUUGUUGUUUUACGUAAAUGCCACAUUUACUGAAGUGCCCAAAGAUGUAAGUGUCGGUGAGGGAGAAGAUAUUGAGAUGCCGUGCGCAUUUCGGGCCAUCGGAUCUACGCCGUUCUCCUUGGAGAUCCAGUGGUGGUAUCUAAAGGAGGCAACCCCAAGAGAGCUUACACACGAACUGCAAAUUAGUGCACCCGCGAACAGAGCAAAGGUUGCUCCCAGGGAUGCUACAAAAAUAAGUACAGUCAGGGUGCAGGGCAAUGCCAUUUCUCACAGGCUUCACCUCUCCAACGUGCGCAAGGUGGACGAGGGAGUGUACGAGUGCCGAGUGUCGGACAACAACGCCGACGAGACUCAGGAACACAAAGCCCAGGCCACUCUGUGGGUUACUCCUCGCGAUGGCAUGGUGGCCGAGGAGGCCGUCUCCCACAUCCAGAACAGGUGGCCCCUGAGAAACAGCAACAAUGCGGCCGGGGGCCGGUCCACCUCUGUGCCGGGCCAGGGAAAGCCCCGCGUGCCCCCUCUUGCUGGCCCCGGCCCCGUCCCCGACUCCACGACAGCGGAGGCCUCUGCAGCAAAGUCGUCGGCUUCCCCCUGCCCUGGCAACGCAGCCAUCCUUCGGCAGCAACAUGGAGCCGGUUCCGGAGUCAUCACCACAACCGACCCCCUCCUCUACAUCUGCCUACUGAUCCUACACAGGCUUCUCCCCCUUCUGGUGGCAAACUGAAGAACUUCAACCAAACCACACCCUGCAAUUUUCUCACUAAACAUACCAAACGACAAAGGGAAAUAUAUACGUAUAUAUAAACCCAUAUGGCACACCACUAAAGAGGUUGGGGAAAAAAGGACUUUGGAGAAGUGAAGAAAUGACGAUCUUCUAACUGGGACUUAUUAGAAGACUAGUCUUAUAGCUGGGAUGUAAAUGGACUGUAUAAGAAGCAUGACAAAAAAUAAAGGAAUUUAUGUGAAUACAAGCUUCACAUUUCUGUUAUACACACAACCAACAUCCACAAAACAAUGAAUCAAGUUUCCAAAUAAUAGUGUCCGCCCUGCUGUGUGCAUGGCAGCCAUACAUUUUCUUGUAUCUUUUGUUUUCAUUUUAUUUUAUUGGCUGUUUAUUUUGUAAAAAAAAAAAAAAAGAAUCAAAAAAGAAAAAUGUCCUUGUCUUUUUUGCACGAACUGUUGAGCAGUUAAGCAUUCCAUUACAUUUCAUAGACAUCUACAACAGGGUCCAUAUGCAUCCAGUCCAGUCAUGGAUACUGUAUGUAGGUAUACGUACCCAUUUUUCACAUGUUUAUGUAUAAGAAUAUGACCUUAUAUAUUUUGAUUAAAUAAGGCACACCCUACCAUAACUGUUGUCAAUCACCUUCAAUAAUGUUUAUUUUUAUUAACGAUAUGGUGAUCAAGGUGCAAUCAUUUAUAAGACGUAUGGUAUGUUGCCAACGGCAGUUGAAAUAAAGGGUUUUUCUUUUUUCAUAAACUCA